GACGUCAACUCUCCGCGACUCCUACAAACGGCAUGUCUUCCGUUGCUCCGGCUGAGCUCGUGCGUUAGACAGUGAGGCAGUAACUAGAGAAUGCAGCCUUCUGCCAACAUGGACGUGAGCGACGGCUUGGGGGUCGAGGUGGUUCUCCCGGAGGACGGCAGAGCGGCGCCAUGUUGUCCGCACGGUCCCACUUUGCUUUUUGAGAAAGUUGGCAAACUCAAGGAGGGCCGCAGGUUUUAUGCCUGCUCCGCCUGCAGAGACCGGAAAGACUGCAACUUCUUCCAGUGGGAGGAAGAUAAGGUGUCUGAGGUCCGGCUUCUGGCCAGAGAAGCAGAGAACCAGUCGAAGAGACAACAGUUGAGCCAGAAGGAGGCCUGCAGCAGGUUGAGAAGGUUUGCCUCCCUCCGUCCGGAUGAGAAGAAGUUCUGUCAGGACUGUCAGACUCUGCUCCUGCCGGCGGAGCACGAGGCCCACUCGUCCCACAGAACCACGGCCGUCUCGGCGGCUCAGCUGGCGAGGCCCAGCGUGCUGCUGCGGCCUCUGGACAACAAGAAGAGCCACGCCCAGUACCUGUUCACCGACCGCAGCGCCAACUUCCUGCUGGACACCCUGGCUGCUCUGGGGUACAGAAAGGUGCUGUGUGUGGGCACACCCAGACUUCAGGAGCUGAUCAAGUUGCGAAACCUUGAGCAGAAACAUGAGCCAAUGAAGAGCCUGCUGCUGGACAUUGACUUCAGAUACGCUCAGUUCUACAGCCAGGAUGAAUUCUGUCACUACAACAUGUUCAACCACCACUUUUUUGAUGGAGAGGCCUCUGGUGCAGCGCUGCAGGCCUUCCUCACAGAGUGCGACGGCCAGAAGGCGGUGAUGGUGUCCGACCCUCCGUUCGGUGGCCUGGUGAAGCCUCUGGCCCACAGCUUCUCUCUGAUCUCACAGACAUGGAGGAAGCUGCAGGCUUCUGACUGCAGUAACACGGACAUGCCCAUGAUGUGGAUCUUCCCCUAUUUCUUUGAGCCUCGUAUCCUGGAGAGUCUCCCCUCAUGCACCAUGCUGGACUACCAGGUGGACUAUGACAACCAUCCUUUGUAUAAACACGGUAAGACGGGCAGGAAGCAAACUCCUGUCAGACUCUUCACCAACAUCUCACCCAGAGACGUCGUCCUGCCCAAAGACGAGGGCUACAGAUUUUGCUCCGUGUGUCAGAGAUUCGUGGUGUCCCUCAACAAGCACUGUGCCAAAUGCAACAUCUGUCCAUCCAAGGACGGCCGAGAGUGGAAGCACUGCUCCACAUGCGAGAAAUGUGUGAAACCAUCCUGGAGGCACUGCCAGCGCUGUGGCCGCUGUGCCCUGCCAGACCACCCAUGUGGUCAGAGUCCAGGACAGGAGGGCUGCUUCAACUGCGGCAGCAUGGAGCACAAACGCAAGGCGUGCUCGCUCAAGGACACGCACAGGUUUAGUGCCAAGAGAGGAGGCAAACCAGGACCCCGUGGUCUCCUGUUGAAGCCUAAAGCUAAGAGGAAGUCCGGAGCAGCUCGCAGAGCGAAGCAGCUGACUGUGACCAAGUGACCAAAGACCAAAGAGUUAUUUUGUAUGAACUCAAAUACUAUCCUAAACAGUGUUGGCAAGUGUCGUAUCAAAUUAAAAAGGAGAAUUUGCCUUUUUUCAUUGAAAUGCAGCCUUUUUAAUUUUAAGAAAAUAAAAGUGAAACGUAAAGCAAAUGUGCAUUCAUUGAUUUUGGUGCCAGCCAAAAAAGCCGUAAACAACAUGUCUGACGUGACAACCAGUUGCCUAGUUACAAGUCCAGCAGCAUUAGGACCACUGGAGGCGUCUGUCCCCCCAGCCAAUCAAAGACUGACAUUUUGGGCCCGUUAUGAACACUUUCCAUAAUUCUGCUGACUUUGCCCCAGGGUUAUUACCCACAAUUGAGAACAUUUAUCAUUAAACACAUGUUACCAGUAAAAGCAUAGAAGUGAGAGAUGUAAAAAGAAGAUGAACAGGGUGUUCAGUCUGGCAUAAUGCACGUAGAAACAUUAAGGUUUACAUACGGAAAGGAAUGAAAGCAUUUAAUUUAGUCACUGAAGCUGUGUUGACAAAAGAGUAAAUAAAUGAUUGUAACACAAGAGCCUGAUCCGAGGUGAGGUCCCGGGACAGGAUGUGGCAUACAGAUUGUAAAGUCCUGUAAAGGAUCAUUUGUGAUUCUCGGCUAUACAAAAUAAACUGAAUUGAAUUGAAGACGUUCAAAUCAAUUCACACACACACACACACACGUACAUGUUAUGAUGCAGCAAAGUGGUGUUUGUAUUCACACCACGUUAACAGGUGAGGGUUCAGGGUCUACGGCUUUAGGGGGGCGCUGGGCUUUAGAACCUGGAAGGAGGCUCCAUCAUCUUGCACUUCAUAUAAAAUAUGAAGACUUUUAUUUGAUCAAAUAAACCCCAUUUGAAUCACAUGUUAACCUGAAAUGUAACAAGUUUUGUCGCGUGUUCAAAAUGUGAGCCCUAAAAAGUUAUUAAAGUGUAGUUAAACAAGUGAA